AUGGAGGCAAAUGCAUGUGAUGUCAAUCACUUGGAUGCUGAUGCCCUUUUGCCACCUCGAAAGCGGCUUCUGGCAGGAUUGAAGAGACGGAAUUCUGAUCUUAACUGCCACACCCCAUCCGCUGCUUGUAAUGCGCGGAAUGGAUAUGAUGCUCACCUUAGUAAUGUAUUGCGAUCUAACUUGGAUAACCCUAGUCUUUCCAAUGAGGAGCUUGUUGAAGCCUCCAGAUUGGCUGCUAUAAAAGCGACAAAGGCUGCAGAGGCUGCAAGAGCUAUCGCGGAAGAGAAGGCUGCUAAAGCAGCAAAGGCAGUGGCUGCUGCCAAGAGUGCUUUGGAACUUGUUGCUUUUCUUUCAGAUGAGAGUGCUAACAAAGAAAAAUAUCUGAAAAAGAACAAGAUGAAGAAGCAUGUCCCUGUUCAAACAUUGUACAAUAAGCACAAAGGAAUUUCAAAUUGCAAAACAGAUGAAGAAUUAGCCCGGAAGUUGCACCGUGACAUCAACAGCUCCCCAAGAAUUUCCAAGAACUUCCCAUCUUCUGAUUUGAAGAAUCACAAACAUAAGAGGUUGAAGAGCUCAACUUCUGGAAGAACUUGUGUUGACAGUGGAGGUUCAGUCUGUGAAAGGAGUCAAUCUUCCACGAGCAAUGGGAAUGGGUCAGUAGGAAAAAUACACACUGAAGGUCUAGUAAAGGAGGUAGAGAAGAUUAUGGUAGAUCUGAAUACAUCGAAAUUCUACAAUGAUGACCAACCAAAGUUGGAAAAUGGAGAAGGAUCACAAUAUAAAUAUGAUAAAUCUGAGCGACUGAAGUUGCAAAAUGAGGUAACUGGAACACUUCACUCAGAGGAGAAUUUUUUGGAAUCAUUGGAUAGUUUUGGUAAAAAAAGAGGAAGGAUUAAACAAAAAAAGUUGCCCUUGAGCAUUUGUAGUUUCAGAGAUCAAACAAACCCCAAUGUGGAUCUGAAAUCUAAAGGCAUGUUAGAGACACAAGAUAAUGCACGCAAAGCUGCAGUGGGCAAUAAGUCCCCAUUUUCUGUAGGGUCUUCUGGUGGUAGUUCGAUGCCUGUUGAGAGGACAUCCAUGUGGAAGUGCCAGGCGUUCAAGACACCUGGUUGUGUUAAACAAAAUAAAGUCAUGCAGUCGUAG